AUGAUGGCGACAUCGUCAUGUGUUGGGGCGACGCAUGUGGCCUUUGCUGCUCCCAUGCGCAUAAGCGGCCAUGCACAGAACCCAUACUCGACCCGAGCCCCUGCUGUGAAGGGAUUUGCGAGGAGCUCCACCUACCCUCGCCGCUGCAUUGCUUUGCAAGCCGUAGCAGCGCAGAAGUCCAAGUCCACCGAUGUGCAGCAGCGAGCUGCUGACGCCCCAACCCCAGAGAAGAUUGUCGAGGGCGAUUGGUAUGCCCUGGUGGCCAGCGCAGAGUUCUUCUUCCGUGGCGCCCAGAAUGAGGCCCUCCCAGAGCAGCUGCGGGAACUGAAGCGCUACUACGACGAAAAGGGGAGGGGGCAGGACUUUUACAUCGUGUCCCAGCCGCAUUGGCUGGAUGCCAAAUUUCCAAACGAGGCGAAGAAAGUGCGGCGGCCGGCCGCCGCGCUCAUCAGCACAGACAAGGCCUGGAUCACGUUCAUGAAGCUGCGGCUGGACCGUGUCCUGCAGAUCCACCUGGGCCAGAUGCAUGCUGACGAGGCCUGUGCUUCCGACGGCCCAGUGCCAGAGUUCAAGAUCAAGGAUUCGGAGUGGACCGCCCCCUACACCCCCUAUGCCCCCGGUUGGUGGCAUGCGUUCGAGCACAAGGCCUGA